AUGACAGGACAUCUAACAGCGGCCAAGGCAUCUGAGGAGAAGGAGGAGAAACUCAGGAAAGAGUUGGAUGGAGCAAAUAUCUUGGAGAAGAGGGGAGUUAAGGACCGAAUAAAGGAGGAGGAGGAGAAACGAGCCAGGCUGGCUGCAUGGGGAAUCAGCUGCCAAGGAUUGGAGCACUGGAUGAGGGAACCUCUGGAAGAGGAAGUAUCUCCUCCUCCAUAUUUUGGUAAUUAUCCUAUGUUGAGCAUUAAGGAUGGCAGCAUGGAGAAUGAAGAUGGCGUGGUGCUGCGACUAACUGGAGGGCAGGCUGAGUGUGAGUAUCAGGAGCAGCACCGCCCAAGGCCGCACCAACAAAUGAUAACUAUAGAACCUCAAACGACAGAGCCACCUGCUGCUCAGCUCCAGACCCAGGUGGAUCAUAAAGAGGAGGAGGACGAGGAAGGAGAAGAAGAACGGUCCAGUGCAGCAGGAGCAACAGCUAGGUCUCCUCCGGAAUUAUUAGCCGGAGAGGCAGAGAGAUUGGUGGAGAUUAUUCGCAAACGACUUGAGGAAGAAGAACUGACUGAUAAACUAAAAAAGCAAAAAGGAGUAGCUGAAGGGAAAGCAGUCCUGCCUUCGGAUGUGAGAAAAAAAGUGCAUCUUAAGGUGCACAUACCUAAGGUAAGAGGUGUUGACUCCUGGGAUGGAUGGAUACAGGGCACUCUGGAAGAGGAUAUAGAUGAAUGUAGUGUGCUUCAGAGUGCAGGAGGGGAUGAAGGUGACUCAAGAAGACGGGACGCGUUUGGAUCUCGAAAAGAGCGAGAGGAGAUGGAGGAGCAAUGGCUUCAAAGUGGAGGAGUGCGUGGAGAACAUCCGAUGAUGAGAAGAAGUCAAAUGAUAGCGGCGGAAAACCCCCAGAAGGGGAUCAGGGGACAUUCCAAUUAUGCAUUAGAAAUGCCCCUAGUGGUCACAGCAGGGGGUGAGAGAAGAUAUAAACCAUAUGGAGUAGGGGAUGUUACAGCCCUAGUGCAGAUGCUCCCACCCAUCAUUGAUGGAGGGGCGGGUUGGCUGAGACAACUUGAUAAAGUGACAUCAGGCACACAGCUCGCCUUGGGGGAUUUUCGAGCCAUAGCUGGCCGGUGUAUGACAGUUACUGCGCUGGAGGAAAUCCAGGUACUGGCAGCUGUCACUACUAGACCAGACUCCACACCUUUUUUUCGAGUGCAGGAGCAGAUUGGGAAUGCUGUGCGACAACAAUACCCAACUCCAAAUGCGGCUGCCAUUACAAAGUUAGAAUGGAAGCCUGAUCAAAAUCCUAGAGAUUAUGUAGAGCAAGUAAAAGAGAAGUGGAUGCAGAACACGGGUUAUAACCCUUCUGCACCGGGCCUUCAUCAGGUUUGGUUUAGACAGGCAGUGCUAGAGGGAAUACCAGAACAGGGAGCUACUUAUUCCACUAUCCAAGAAGUUCCUGAUAACACUAAAUUAUCUGGGGACGAGGUCAGCGUGGUCGGCUUCUCUGGGGUUUCAAUGACAUUGCCAGUGACUGUUCCUUUAAAGACUGAAAUUGGAAAGCAAGCAGUGGCUCAUUCAUAUGUCAUUUCAGCGCAGGUGCCUGUGAACUUGAUGGGGCGAGACCUGCUCAUCAAACUGGGAGCUGUGAUCAUGUGUGGGCCUGAUGGUUUAACAGUGACUCUGAAGGAUGGCACACAGCUUCCUUGUGUGGCCACAGGUACGCGAGGACAGUGGCUGCUGUCUGAGGACAUUGACCGUACAGCAGAAAUCUACUGGGCCCGGCUGACGACCUCUAACGGCAUCCUGGCACACUUCCAGCUCUGGCGACCCUGGAUCAUGGCCCUCGACGUGUAUGCUCCACCCAUUGACCCAUACCACGUGACACUCUUUUAUGAUCGCGAAAAUACUGAGUGGUAUGAAGAUCUGCUCCAUGAAUUCCUGGAGGGGAAGGCAUGGCAGGUCUCUACCAGAGAUAUUUAUGUUGGACCGCAGGGGGUAGCAGCCCUGGUCCAUUUGUCGGAGGAACAAAAGAGCUGGUUCCGAAUGGGUGAUGAAUCUGUGCCUCAUGUGUCUCUAGCGGUUCAUUCUGGACAUCAAGCGAAGGACUUGGGUCCCAUGAUGCGUUACCGACAUUCACCACAGGCAGAGGACGGUAUUGCAGAGACUAUUGAAGGGUUGUUAAAGGUGGGGGUGUUGGAGCCUUCCACGUCUCAAUGGAACACACCUAUUUUGCCAGUGGAAAAGCAUGGUACAGGUAAAUAUCGUAUGGCUCAUGAUUUGCGGGCCAUUAAUGCUAUUUUGAACACUAAAACUGUGCCAGUUCCUAAUCCAUUUACUGCAUUGACAAAUCUCUCCCCAGAUCAGCAUUGGUUUACAUGCAUUGACCUGGCAAAUGCCUUCUUUUGUUUACCUUUGCACCACUCUCUGCGUGAUGUGUUUUCUUUCUCUUACAGGAGUCAACAGUUAAGGUAUACUCAGUUGCCACAGGGAUUUGCUCUGUCACCUGGGAUUUUUAACCAGGUGUUGAAGCAGACGUUGGAACCAUGUGUGAUGCCGGCUGGCUGCACUUUGGUUCAAUAUGUUGAUGACCUCCUGAUUGCCGCUCCCACGGCAGACGCUUGCUUUCAGGCCACCAUGACCGUGCUUAGGAGACUGGCAGAGGCGGGCUUUAAAGUGAGUAAAGACAAAUUACAGUUGGUGAGACCACAGGUGACGUUUUUAGGGAGAGAGGUGAAACAGCAUAUGGUGGGGAUGAUGGCUGCUCAUAGAAGUGCCAUUCUCUCCCACCCGCGGCCGGAGACUGUGAAAGAGAUGCUUUCCUUUUUAGGUCUCACAGGUUACAGCAGGCAGUACAUUCCAGACUAUGUGGGCCACACUAAGCCUUUGCGUGACUUGGUGAAGCAGCAUGGAAUGAGAGACCUGACUGCUAAGUUGAACUGGACUACUGAAGCUGAACAAUUCAUUUCUCUGAAACAGGACCUUUCUCGAGCAGUAGAUUUAGCUGUGCCAGAUUACAACAGGGACUUCCUCUUAGAUGUUUCUGAAACAAAAGGGGUGGUGAAUGGCGUUUUGUUUCAGAAAAAAGGGGGAGGUAGACAGGUUUUGAUGUACAUCAGUGUAUGUUUAGACAACAUGGAGAAAAGGCACCCUAAAUGCACUCAGCAUGUAGCUGGAGUGGCAAAGGCCAUCCAGAAAGUAGCACAUAUAGUUAGAGGACACCCACUGAGAGUUUUAACAACACACAGUGUGGUGGCUUAUGUUAACUCACAGGCCUUCACCAUGACCCCACUUAGACAACAGAGGCCUAGCAAAGUGCUGGAGGCCCCAAAUUUGACUUUUACGCAUGAAGGGAUAAACAUGGCAGACCAAAUGGGGUCAGAGGACCCGCACGACUGCGCUCAGGCGGUCUGGAAAGAAGAGAAGACAAGACCAGAUCUCAAAGCGGAAGCCAUGGAAGGAGCAGAGGAUCUCUUCACAGAUGGCUGCUGCUUUAGGGAUGAGAAGGAGGGGCUCAAGGCAGGCUAUGCAGUGGUAAGUAAGAGAGGGGAGCAGCUGGAGGUGAUCAAAGCAGCAAAGUUGGAAGGGCAGCAGUCAGCGCAGAGAGCAGAGGUGAUUGCACUGAUUGAAGCCCUUAAAUAUGCUCAAGGAAAGAAGAUAAACAUUUACACUGAUUCAGCCUAUGCCUUUAGAGCUGCACAUGUGGAGCUGGCUCAGUGGAAGAGAGCUGGAUUCCUUACUACCAAUCAACAACCAAUCAAACAUGAGAAGGAGAUGAAGGCGCUGGAAGAGGCGCUGGAAGGACCCCUGGAGGUGGCAAUAAUAAAGUGCAAGGGGCACGACGAUUCGGCCACCUGGGUUGCUCGAGGAGAGAGGAGCCAUAAAGGUAUCUGGAGGGGGCCAGAUGGAAGACCAGUGUUGACGGCAGAUAUGGCAGAGGAAAAGAUCAGAGAAUCUCAUGGCCUUGGGCAUGUGGGUGUGGCCCAGAUGGAGAGGAAUCUCUGUCAUUGGUGGCACCCAUUUCUGAAGGACAUGUUGAGGGAGCAUGUGCGAACCUGCCUUAUCUGUGGCCAACACAAUCCUAAACCCACAGUGAAACCAGAGAUGGGUAAGUUUCCCCUGCUCCAGAGGCCGGGGCAGGAAAUAGUGAUUGAUUACACAGACAUAGUGACACCAGCGAGGGGCUUCAGAUACCUGCUGGUGUGUGUGGAUAGUUUGACAGGGUGGCCAGAGGCGUGGCCAGCCCGGAGAGAAGACAGCACAACAGUCAUUAAGUGUUUGAUAAAUCAUUACAUUCCCUGGCAUGGAUUCCCAGAGAGAAUUAGAUCAGAUAAUGGGACACAUUUUAAGAAUAAACAUCUGCAGGAAGUGGAAUCCAUGCUAGGGUUGCAACACAGGUUUGGGACCGUUUAUCAUCCACAGUCUCAAGGUAAGGUUGAGCGAAUGAAUCAAAACUUAAAAAAUAAAUUGGCCAAGAUCUGUGCACAGACCAAAAUGGAUUGGGUUGAGGCGUUACCAGUAGCGCUCAUGAGCAUUAGAUGCUCAGUAAAUCAGUCUACCGGGUUCACUCCUUAUGAGCUGUUCACCGGGAGACAAUUUCCUGGACCCACUGCAGGGGUACCAGCUUUAAGACAAGAAAUGCCUACAUUUGAACAUUUAAAGCAGUUUAAAGCACUAAAAGCUCUUGUCUUAAGUUUUACAUCCCAGGUGACUGCGGGCCAAGGACAGGAGCAGACAGUGCCAGAGGCGAAGUGGGUGUGGCUGAAGGUUUACAAACGGAAGUGGAACGAGCCCAGGUGGACAGGUCCGUUUGAGGUGGGGACCAGGACCUCACACGCAGUUCAGCUGAAGGGGAAAGGUGAAACCUGGUACCACUGGAGCCAGUGUGCUGUAGCGGAAGAGCCUAAGCGCGAAUUGCCCAGAGACAGACCCGAAUCCACUCCGGCGACUCCACCAUCACAGGCCACGGUGAAGCGAACCAAACGCAGUGAAACAGGGCAGCUCGGGCCCAGCUUUCCCUUGCACCCGUACCAGCUCCUCGGGUGGGGGCAGCUGAGGUCCAGUUGGUCCCUGUUUCUGUCCCCCAGGCUGGCGGACGCUCCGUUCAUCCCUGCACCCAUACCUGCUCCUCGGGUGGGGAUGGCAGACGCCCAGUCAUUGCCUGUGCCUGUUCCGGUUCCCCGGGUGAGGGCAACUGUGACCCUGCCGACUCCUGCACCCGUCUCAGUUCCUCGGGUGGGAGCAGCAGAGGUCCAGCUAGCUCCUGCACCUACACCGGCUCCAGGGUAA